UUAUUUCUCUCAAAUCUCCACCAUUUCUUCUGUUGGAUUCUUCAUCACUCUGCCUGUCAACUGGCAUGAUAUGAGGAAGAACACUAACACGUGAAUAUAGCCGUCGACAGUUGUGGGAUUAGAUAUCGAACUUCCCGUGCUCCUUCUGUGUGUGGCGUCCACGGGAGGCAAUCUUUUUUAACUUUUUUGAGUUGAGGGGUUUGUAUUGAAUAACAAGCUCGACAGAAUGGCAUCAACGUUUGUGAAGUCUAGUAAGAUGAAGAGGAUGGAGUCGAAGAAAUCACAUGCUUGGUGGUGGGAUAGCCACAUUAAUCCCAAAAACUGCAAGUGGCUUCAAGAGAAUCUUGAACAGAUGGACCAGAAUGUCAAAAGGAUGUUGAAACUCAUUGAAGAGGAUGCAGAUUCAUUUGCUAAAAGGGCAGAAAUGUAUUAUCAGAAAAGGCCAGAAUUGAUCACACUUGUUGAGGAAUUCUACCGCAUGUACCGGUCAUUAGCCGAGCGUUAUGAUCAUGUGACGGGGGAGCUCCGGAAAAAUAUUCCUUCAGAUCUUCAAUCACAGGGGUCAGGCAUCUCUGACGUGGGUUCUGAACCACCCUCCAGGUUGCCCUCUCCUGAUCAGAGACCAAGCCGUCCUAAACCUGGUCCUCGUGCUGCUGGAUUUGAAUUUUUUCUUGGCGCAGGCGGAAGUAGCUCGGAUCUGGCCAAGGAAGGAGAUGAAUCCUCAACAUUAGAUUCUGAAUCUGAAUCAGAUGAUUCGUCUAUCAAUAAUUACUCAAGUACAAUAAGCAAUGAUGAUGACCAUGGGUUGCGUAAGAAGAUUGGUGAAUUAGAGGUUGAGCUCCGCGACGUGAAAGAGAAGCUUCGCAAGCAACAUGAAGAGGUCUCUGAGAGCUCCUUUAGGGGAUCACAUGUGGGCAAUGAUAAUCUUAUCGCAAGGAUAGCUGGGUAUGAAGAAGACCUUAGAAAUGCAAAAGAAAAGAUCCGGUUAUCAGAAGAAGAGAUUAGCAGGUUGAGAAUUGAGCUUCAGAAGUAUGUAUCAGGGGACUACGUGAAGAACGUCAAUGAGAUUACUGCUGGACAGGAAGCUAAAAUUUCUGAUGAGGAGCUGCAAGAGAAUGCUACAGAGGAAGAACCACAAGUUUUGGACCCAGAAUCUAAGAUCCGAACACUUGAGGAAGAGUUAAGGAGAACGAUAGAGAAGCUUCAUGAUUCAGAGAAGGAGGUGGAGCGCUUAAGAGAGGAACUUAAAAGUAACGGUUCCUCCGUAAAAUUACUUCAUGAUCAGCUUGGAUCAGCACAGAAAGAUGUUUCUGGCUGGAAAGCCAAACUUGAGAGAGAGAAACGAGAGGUCUCAAAGCUGCAGGACCGAAUUGCGAGGUACAAAUCCAAUUUGUCAGACCGUGAUCAAGAAAUCAGAGGGCUGAAAGAAUCAAUAUCAAAUGCCAACAAGGCUUUGGCAGAAGAAAACUUGGAACUUCAAUGCGAAAUUACCAAAUUAUUGAAGGAACGAGCAUAUUUGGAGGAUAAUAUCAAAGAAAUGGAUCUACGUUGCCAAUCAUUAGAGGAGGAUGUUAGACGAGCUGUAGCAGGGAAAGAAGAAAUGGAAAUGCUCCUAAAAUCUGAAAUCGAGCAGUUAAAGUUGACCAUCGCUGAGAGGGACAACCAUAUUGAAGAACUGAACAGAAACCUUGAUGCAUUAUACCAGAAAUGUGAUGCAUUGGAAACAGAGAAAGAUGACCUAAAUGCUAGAGUUGCCUUGUUAGAUGAAGAUCUAAGUUCUAAAGAUGAUCAGAUUGAUCAAAUGAACAACCAUUUGAACCAACUGCACAUUGAGCAUGCCAAGUUGAUUUCCGAAACUGAAGGGGCCCGUAAAUUGGUAGAAGAGCUGAGGUCUAGAGUUAAAGAAGUGGAAAGAGAAGUAGAGAGACAAAAGGAAAUAGUUUUGGAAGGAGCAGAAGAGAAACGCGAAGCAAUUAGACAGCUUUGCUUCUCACUCGAGCACUAUAGAAAUGGUUACCAAAGGCUUCGACAAGCUUUGGAGCAUAAGAGACUACCUGUAAUGGCGGCCUAAGUCCAUUAGUGAUGGUGAGCAGACGUUAUGAUCAUCUCAAACUCUGCUUUUUUGUUGUCCAAAACACCUUUUUACCUUCUUGCUUUUCGUUUAGGGUUCAGUUUUUCUUUUGUUCAAUAGCUCCUUUUGUUAGGCAUUUGCCUUCCCAGUAUUCCAGCUUUUCUAUGUCUGUAAUUGCAGGAAUACCAGUUGUGGUUUUCUAAAUAUCUGUGCACUUUCUUACCAUAACAGAAACCAAUAUGAAUAACAUUUCAGCUUUGUAUGAA